GACGAAACGACGACGUUUAGUUUAACGCCCACCCAGCUUCUUUUACCUCCUCUAAACCCCAAAAUCCAAAACCACGAACAAAAACAAACAAACAGCAUGCUCACACAGACACAGACACAGUCACACAACAAUGAAGAAGCUCUAUCCCAUUACUCUCUCACGUGCGCUCUCACGUGCCCUAUCUUUUUCAUCUUCAACCUCAAGCUCAGCCCAAUCGACUGCGUUCCCUCUGAAGCACGUGACGAAGGGGAACUUCGAGUCGGCUCUAGCGGAGCUCCGGCGCCACGUGGCGGCGGCGGACUUCGUCGCCAUUGACUUGGAGAUGAGCGGCGUCACCAGCGCCCCCUGGCGCGAGUCCUUCGAGUUCGACCGCUCCGACGUCCGCUACCUCAAAGUUAAGGACUCCGCCGAGAAGUUCGCCGUCGUUCAAUUCGGCGUCUGUCCCUUUCGCUGGGACUCUUCCAAGCUCUCCUUCAUCGCUCACCCGCACAAUUUCUAUGUCUUUCCGCGUCAAGAGGUUCCGAUCGAUGGCCCCUCUUACGAAUUCCUCUGGCAGACAACAUCAAUUGAAUUCUUAGCCAAAUAUCAGUUUGAUUUCAAUGCCUGCAUACGAGAAGGAAUAUCUUAUUUAUCCAGAGGACAAGAAGAGGAAGCAUUAAGACGUUUGAGUAUGGCAUACGAGGAUGAGUUAUCAGAUACAUGGUGCAACUUGAAAGAAGUCAGAGACAUUCCAAUAAACCGCAUGGCUGACGUUCUGUUUUCUGAACGAAUCAAGAAUACAUUCAGCGAAUGGCGUGAUGGAUUAUUACAGGAUAGAAAUGGAGGGUCCCAACUUCAAUUGAACUCAAAUGACUCAAAGCAACAAUUUCAAACUGUUUUCUUUAAAAUGCGUCCAGCUCUUAGUCUGACCGGCUUUACUUCUCAUCAGUUUAGGUUAAUUCAAAUGGUCAUUAACAAGCACUUCAGAGAUCUUUCUUAUGUUCGUGUGAAUGGUGAUGAUUUAUGUUCACAACAUUUAGUAGUGUAUACGGAAUCGAAGGAUGACAGGGGCAUGCUUAUGAAAGAGGUGAAAGAUGAAAAUCGCAGAGUAGCAGAGAUGAAAAUCCAAGCUGCAAUUGGGUUUCGCCAUGUUAUUGACCUCCUUUCAGCGGAGAAGAAGUUGAUUGUUGGUCAUAAUUGCUUCCUGGAUAUUGCACAUGUAUACAGCAAAUUCGUAGGUCCUCUUCCUUCGGCUGCUGAAGAAUUUGUCUCCUCUGUUAACAAGUUUUUUCCACAUAUCGUUGACACCAAAAUACUUUUGAAUGCCAAUCAUGUACUCCAACAACGGAUGAAGAAGUCACGCACAUCACUAUCCUCAGCAUUUGCUUUGUUGUGUCCACAAAUUGCUGUUAGUGCUAAAAGUACGGGGCUUACUUUUCAGCAAUGUGUGCAAGUGGAGGUUCAAGUGGAUGAUCUGAGGUGUGCUUGCCAUUCUGCCCUUAAAACUAUAGCUUGGUCCUCCAACUGGAACUCUGGAGCCAAGCAUGAAGCUGGGUAUGAUGCUUUUAUGACAGGAUGUAUCUUUGUGCAGGCCUGCAGUUAUCUAGGCAUUGAUUUUAAACUCCAUUCGCCCUCUGAAAAUUUAGCUCACAAUGAAAAGCUCUGUAAGCACGUCAACCAUCUAUAUCUCAGUUGGAUUAAUGGAGACAUCAUUGAUUUAAGUACUGGUAAUAAGGUUGCAGAGUUGUUUGGAACUAAUUACUUCAAAAAGAAGUACCUAAAUAUUUUGUUUGAGAACAUUGUUUUAAUCUGGGGAUUCCCAUCCAAACUUAAGGCAAGAGAGAUAAGAGAAUGCGUCUCUAAAGUCUUCGGCCCGACCUCUGUAACUUCUGUUUACCACUUAGAUGAAACUGCAGUGUUUGUUCAGUUCAGCAAGCGAGAAUUUGUCUCUGAUUUUCUGCUUCUAAAGGAAACUUUAGAGAAAAGUGAUGGUCCAAUCUCAGUUUUGCAUCCUCUUGCAAAACUUUUGGAAGGUGGAAACACUCGUGCUGGGAAUUAUGAAACUUAUAAAGAGAUUUGCAGCUCACCCAUUUCGAAAGUCUUGUUUGCCAAUCAGGCAGAGGCGGUCGGUAUUAAAUGGAAGAGGGAAGCUGUGGAACCCAAGAUAGCAGUGGAGAGCAAAGAACAUUCGAGUUUCUGGGAAGAAAAUGCAGUAAACAAUUCUACUAAAUCUUCUGAAAAGUCAAAGCAAGGGAAGGUACACAAUGCGGAAAAAGAUAUGUUGGGUGGCAAUUAUGAGAUCAUAGAUUCUUUAUAUGCUGCUGAAGUCAAUCAAAUUAGAACAAAAUUGUGACUUUGGUCCUAAGCUGCGGAAUCUGUUACUUAAACGUUAUUUUGUACCAUUGCAAUUCAUUUAAAAAAUGCCUUGUAAGCGUUGUAUUUUAUUAGUAAAUGCUGUUUUUGGUUUACAAAUGUUAGGAUUAGGAAUGUAACAAAUAGGAACAGCAAAGGAAAUUAUAUAAUGAAUUUGCAUCAGAAUGGCCUUUUCAUUUCUCUUUA